AUUAUAGGAGUGUGAGUUUACAAAAGCAGAGUAGAAGAGGAAAGAAAAAGAAAAGAAGAAUGAGUUUGAAAUCAAAUUUGUUAGUACUGGUGAUGGUUAUUGGAGGUUUGGGAUCAGCUCCAUUAAUGGCAGAAGCUCAGAUUGGGAAUGUUAGGGGUCUCCCUCCGCUUAUGAAAGUCGAAGGAACUGUUUAUUGCACUGCCGAUGGCAACAUUGGCAACAUUGACCUCGCUUACCCCAUCCCUUUUUUCACGGACGCUAGAGUUGAGAUAUUGGGGUUCUUAUUUGGACGUGCCUUACCACCUUCAGUAACAGAUGACUCCGGAUCCUUUUCAAUGUAUUUUCGAUCGACCUCUUUAUCCUCAGUGUUAACCGAUAGUACCAUCAUGGUGAGCACUCCAUUGUCCAAUUGUAAUUCGACGCUUCCAUCCACUGGAUUUCUAUCGUCCACACUAGAAUACAAUGGAACAGUUGUGGAGGAUGGCAACACCAUCAUGACACUAGUUCCCAAACGAUUCAGGUUCAGUCCAUCUCCUUAAAAUGCAAGUUGUGGGUUAAAUAUAUUAACCAAAAGGGGGAAAAAAAUAACAAGAGAGUAUAGUACUUAUUUGAGUUUUUAGCACUUGUAAUGCAUGAGUUCUCUCUCAACCUUGAGUGAGUACUUAUGUUGUUUGUUGUCGUGUUUAUGCAUGUUUGUUUUCGUUCAUUCCAAAAUAAAAGGUCGUGUGUUUGUUGUUCACAUAAAGUUAAUAUAAAACUAUUAUAAUUUAAAAGAUACAUAUACAUAUGUAUACUUUGUUUGA